AUGAGCGAACAAGGAAGUCAGUUUCGCAUGGUAACGCGAGGUGUUGCACGCAUUCAGUAUGCGGAAUCUGCAGGUUCCAGUUUGAGUAAUGCAUCAGCUGGAAGUUUAUUCUCGAAUCAGCAGAUCAGUAGUACAACCGAUAGUAGAGAUGAUCAGUCAGAGUAUCAUAUGGAUGUUUCGAUGGAUUCACUGUUUCGCACGCCAAGUGCCAGCACACGAGGAAGGAAACGUCGUUUUACAAGCGAUGAUCCUUCUGACGCUCCUUUCCUGUCAAAACGAGGGCGACCACGGGGAGGUGGUCGAGGUCGUGGCGCAAUUUGUCGUCGUCCCAAUGUUCAAGAAGAUGCCGAUGAAAGCAGUCUUUUCUGCAUGGUGAAAAGUGGCAAGAAUCUUAAUACAGUAACUGAUAAUUGGAUAGAAGAAUAUGAACAUCAUCCAGACAAUGCACUUGUGCAACUCCAGCAAUUUUUUAUUUCUUGUUGUGGAUGUAAAGGAGUAAUAUCAUCAGUUAUGUUACAAACUAUGGAAUACAGUGAAAUAAUUCGUCGAAUGACGGAACAGUUCGAUGAAGAUUCUGCGGAUUAUCCUUUGAUAAUGCCUGGUCCACAGUGGAAAAAGUUCAAACAAAAUUUCGCAGACUUUAUUAUGCUAUUAGUCAAUAAAUGUAAAGCUAGUUAUGUUUUCGAUCAACGGCUUAUGGAUAGCGUGAUACAGUUGCUUACUGGUCUUGCCGAUAGUCAAGUUCGAGCAUUCAGGCACACUUCUACUUUUGCAGCCAUGAAAUUGUCAUCCGCUUUGGUCGAUAUUGCAAUUGAAUUGGUUUCUCUUAAAGAAAAAAAUAGUAAACAGGUGGAGACAGAAAAGGCCAAGUUAAAAGCGCAGAGUGUUAAUGAUCGUUUGGAUAUAUUGAUUCUUAAGAAAAGCGAGUUGGAUGAAAAGACUGAUGAUGUUCGCCAGAUGUUGUCUUACAUUUUCAAAAGUGUUUUUGUUCAUCGUUACAGAGAUUUUUUAUCCGAUAUCCGUAGUGUUUGUAUACAUGAACUUGGACAAUGGAUGCAGGUCUAUCCUCAACAUUUUUUGGAAGAUUCAUACCUUAAAUAUAUCGGAUGGUCGCUUUAUGAUAAAGUAAGUGACGUUCGCCUAAAGUGUCUUAUUUCUUUGCUUCCUUUAUAUGAUCGUCCUGAAGUUAUUGGUAAGUUGGAACUAUUUACCAACAAAUUCAAAGAUCGUCUUGUGAGUAUGGUAAUGGAUAAAGAUUGCGAGAUAGCAACACGUGCUUGUCAGCUUCUUACUGGAAUUUACAGAGUAUUUCCAACGGUGCUAACCUUGAAGGAUUGCGUGCCUAUAUAUGAGCUUGUUUACUGCAAUAAUCGUGGAUUAGCUCAAGCUGCUGGGGAAUUUUUAAACACCAAAGUGUUUCAACAUUCACAAAGAACUCGUAAUGGUAAUAUUUCGGGAAGCCGUUCUCAUGAGAAUGCGGAUCUGAUAAUUGACUUGAUUCAAUUUUUCAUCGAAGGCGAUUGUCAUGAUCAUGCUGCAUACCUUGUCGAUGCUUUGAUUGAUUCUAAUCCGAUGAUGAAGGAUUGGGCAACAAUGGCCGAUUUAUUGCUAUCUGGUGAAGCUGAUCGCUUCGACGGUGAAUUGAUCGAAGUCUUAGUUUGUUCAGUAAGACAAUCAGCAACUGGAGAACCUCCUGUAGGUAGAUCGCAUCAAAUGAGAAAAACGUCAGUUGCAGUUAAAGAACAUCGAAAUAUAAAUGAAGAUAAGACUCGUUUAUCAGAGGUUUUAAUACCACAGUUACCGUUGCUUCUUCAUCGACUCUUAGCGCUAACAUUUCAGUUUAUUGCCGAUCGUGAAAAGGUUGCAAAUUUAAUAGGAAUCGCUCUUCAUUUUCAGUUAGAUAUGUAUUUAGCAGCAAGGCUAGAAAAGCAUUUGGAUGAUCUGAUGAGUGUGAUGGAAAGUAUAGUCGAAAAACAUGCAGAUGAUGAGAUUCUUCAAAGUGUUGCCAGAGUGAUGUCAUAUUUUACUAUGAACGUGGCGGUGGCUCAGCAUACUGAAACUCAUCGGUUGAAAAUGCUGGAUGGCCUUGCUCUGCAAUUGCGGCAUUCAGUACAAAGGUUCCAUCGUGAACAACAAUUAGACGAGGAAGAUGAUGCUGCAAUGCUUGCAUCUUUUCGAAAAAUCACAGCUUUUGCAAUUUUCGAAGAUCUCAAAAAGUGGCAACUAUGGGAUCCAACCCUUAGUGUGGUAACGAAUUCGGAUGACAAACAAAUUUCACCUGAUAUUCGUGAAAAAGCGAUUCUUCUUCUAUUUUCAACUCUUCAGUGGGAUUUGUAUCGCCUCAUUUACGAUCAAGAAACGAAUAAAAUUGAGGCGACUAAAAAACUGCAAAAACAUCGAGAUCAUUUUGUCGAGGCUUGUACCAAUGUUUUAAAUAUUGGUGCUUCUGGUGUUGAAAGUGCGUUUCUUUGUUUCGCAGAUGCCCUUAUUUUAUUUUGUGGUGUGCAUAUUCAUGACGAGAUUUUGGAAAUUCAUUUACAUCCUUCAACCAUCACCAAAAUUACGGAUUUUGUAGUGGAUAAUGUAUUUGUUGAAAGCAGUGAAAACGGAUUUCUCCGAAGUUUUCCACAGGGUGGUAGUUUUGGUGCAUUUGAAAAGGCUUUGGAGGAAAUAAAUGGAUUUUUAAAUAGAAAUUAUCUUUACUAUAUUUUUUACCCUUUAGAUCGUACUAUGGAUCAGCAAUCACAAAUCGAGCUUAUGCACAAGCGUCGCAAUCUACUCGCUGUAUAUUGUAAAUUAAUUCUACAUGGAAUUUUAGAAAUCUAUGAUGCAUCACAUGUGCUACGUUUUUAUAACAAAUAUUAUACCGAUUUUGGAGAUAUUUUAAAAAUGCUAAUAAACAAAUGCCGAGAACUUGAUAAAUUGGGAUGUGCGAAAACCAUAAGCAUUUCACUUUAUCCAAUCAAAAAUCGUGAGGCACUUGCCGUUAUUCAUAAAGAAGGUAUCUUGUUCGCUUUAAAAUCGGAAGGAAAUCGUAGGGGCGUUCGACCAGAAAACCUAUCAUUUUUGGAAGUUUUGAUUGAAUUCAGUGGUAAGCUGAUACGUCAGGAUAAACAGUCUAUCCUACGUUAUCUGGAAAAACAUGGAACUGAUGUGGUUAACGAGGAACCUUACGUUUUGUAUAAGGCUUCUCUUCAGGAGCGAAAUGAUGAAGUUAGCAGCAUUCGUAAUUAUGCUUCACGGGGUAGAGGUCGUGGACGUGGCCGUGGUCGUGUUACACCAGUACCAUCAGUUUUUGGCGAUGAAUGA